UCUUUUUCGCCCACCACCAAACGUGUGAACGUGUCAACAUUUUGUUUUCCUCUGGGUUUUCCUUGUUUUUGACCAGCAUCAGGACACAAUGGUGGACGACAGCACCCGGAAAACGCUGAGCAGCAUUCCACUGCUUCAAAUUCGCGCUGGACCACGCGAGAAGGACGUGUGGGUACAGCGACUGAAGGAGGAGUAUCAGGCGCUGAUCAAGUAUGUGGAGAACAACAAGCAGUCUGGCAGCGACUGGUUCCGCCUGGAGUCCAACAAGGAGGGCACCAAGUGGUUCGGCAAGUGUUGGUACAUGCACAACCUGCUCAAGUACGAGUUCGAUGUGGAGUUCGACAUUCCAGUGACAUACCCAACGACAGCGCCAGAAAUUGCUCUGCCAGAGCUCGAUGGCAAGACGGCGAAGAUGUAUCGCGGCGGAAAGAUCUGCCUCACGGAUCACUUCAAGCCCCUGUGGGCGCGCAAUGUGCCAAAGUUCGGCAUUGCCCAUGCCAUGGCUUUAGGUCUCGCUCCCUGGCUGGCUGUGGAGGUGCCGGACCUCAUCGAGAAGGGCAUCAUCACGUACAAGGAAAAGUAGUUAGUUAAUGUAGAUGGAAUCACCGCUGGCAACAAAAUAAUGAACAAAGUUUGAUAAGAAAGUCA